AUGUUCGAAGAGGAUCUGUUAACCCAUGUCAUGCUUAAUCCCAAAGUCCUUUACGGUUAUAUAAGACAGAGCACGCGGAACAUGGAUCCUAUCUCCCUACUGCGAUCUGUCGAAGGUGCCAAAAUCUCAGAGGACAAGGAUAAAGCUGGUCAUCUCUCUCAGUUCUUCCGGUCCCUCGAGACGACUGAACCCGGUUUUUUAUCCCACACUUAUGAAGACAAUUCGAUCCCAUCUAUUGAUACAGUCCUCUUCACCGACGAUGUAGUUAAGAAUGAGCUUUUUAAUUUGAAAGAAUCGACCUCAUCAGGCCCCGAUGCAAUCCCAGCCAAGCUGUUGAAGGAGCUAGCUUCUGAAAUGACCAAGCUGCUAGCCCUAAUCUUCCAGGCGUCAUUUUUUACUGGACGCCUAUUGUCCAAUAAGAACCACGGGACCAUGUGCCCUACUUCCGUGGAUAAAUCUCACGAUAAGAAUGAGCAUAGAGAUGGGACAGAGGCGGUGGAAAAUGUGCUUGGAUCUUCGUGCUUCUACAUUACUUACCAGAUAGGAAUGCCGUAA